AUGGGUCAAGGGUUAACCGUCCACAACUCCUCUCACGGCCAACCUAUCCACCGCAUCCUACGAGAUGCAUAUCACCUCCAAUGGCUGGGCGCUGCGGGCGUGGGUCAUUCUUUCCAUUUUGGUGGUAUUGAUGAAGUAGAGAGGGAGAAAGGGGUUGAUGUUAGUGUCGAGAUUUUUCGGCUGGUAAACGGCGGGUAUAUCAAGUUGAUGACGACAGAGACCGGGGCAAAGGUGGCGGAGGAGCGGUACAAGUGGGUGGUAGAGGAGUUUGUGAAGAAGUGGGAUGAGGAGGCUGAUACAGAGAACGUUCUGGGGGGUGAGGUUGGCGACUUGGAUGAAAGUGCGUUGAAGGAGAGGUAG